AUGACUAACGUUGUUAGCAUUGAUAACGUCAAGUUACAAUACUGUAUGGGAAAGUUGGAAAUAAGACAUAAAAGAAUUAUAGGCACUGAUUGUAAGUGUUAAACGUGUAUACCUAGUUUUUCACAAAUGGUCUGUUUUUACUUAAACAUAUACGAUAGUAAUGAUUUAUUUACAAAUAUAUAUAUAACAUAAUAUUUAUUAGGGAACAAAAGUAUAUCUAUUGAAAAAGCAGUAGAAUAAAAUUUAAUAAUUUGAUGAGAUUUUAUUUACAUAGAUAUGUCUGCACCUGGAGCAAUGAAUGAGGCCAAAGAAAAACAAGAUGAAAUAUCAAAGAAAGAGGAUAAUUAUAGACAAAAUAAACGUUCCCAAAUUGAGGAGCAUUCUUCAGAUGCAAGUUCGUCUAAGAGAGUAAAAUGUGAUGCUGCACAAAGUGUUAAUAAUACUUCAUCAGAAUUAUCUUCCAAUAAUAGUGAAGAAACAGAUGAAUCAUUAAGCAAGAAAAAAUAUAGUGCUAACUCAUUAUUAGUUAUUCAACAUUAUAAUACAAUAUUAGAUAAUGACAGGAAUAAAAGCAGAAUUUUGUAUAUGAGAAAUUUUAAUAAUUGGAUUAAAAGCAUGCUUAUGUAGGUGGAGAUCUAUUUAAGUGGAAAAAAUUAAAUGUAAUACAUUUGAUUUGUGCUGAUUUGGCUGAAGGAACCAUACGAGAAUGUCAAGAUAGAUACAAUGAAAUGUUAAACCGAAAUUCUGCAGAAAGAAGAUAUUCUCAUAUUUUUUCAGCUGAAUUUAUAACAGCUGACUGUACAAAGGUUCGAUUAAGAUCAAAAUUUAAAGAUCCUAGUACAAAACUUGACUUGGUUAGUUGUCAAUUUGCAUUCCACUAUUGUUUUGAGUCAUUAGAACAAGCAGAAUGUAUGCUAAAAAAUGCAAGUGAAUGUUUAAAACCAGGAGGUUAUUUUAUUGGAACUAUUCCAGAUGCAUAUGAUUUAGUGUGGCAAAGAUGUGAUGGUAACAGUUUUGGAAAUGAUAUUUAUAAUGUAGAAUUUUCUUGUAACAAAAAAAAACCACCACUUUUUGGUGCUAAAUAUCAUUUUAAAUUAGGCAAUCUUGUUAAUUGUCCAGAAUUUCUUGUUUAUUUACCUGUAUUUUGUAAAUUAGCUUUAAAAUUUGAUUUAAAUUUAGUAAAGUUUGAAAGAUUUGAUAGCUUUUAUGAACGUAUGAAGGAUAAGAAUAAAGGUAAACGAUUACUUAGUAAAAUACAAGCUUUAGAAACUUAUCCACCUCGACAUGGGCAAAAGCUUGCUGGCAAUCCUGAUAAAGAUUAUCAACAUGCUAAAGAAUAUAACACACAAAAAACUUCAAAUCGUCGUGAGAUUGGUACUUUGUCUCAACCAGAAUGGGAACAUUGUAUGCAGUAUUUGCUUUUCAAAAAAUGAAAUAGAAGCAAAAUUAGAAUAUAUAAAAUCAUAAAAAUUCGAACUGUAAAGUUUUUAGUAUAAAAUUGACCAUUGACUUUAUAUUGUACCAACUAGUCUGUUCCUAUGAAAAUAGAAAUGUAUGUUGAUACAAUAUAUAGAUAUCUGAUUCAAUGAAUUCAACAGUAUAUUACACCAAGUUAAAUAUGUACAAUGUAUUUUCAUGGAUUUGAUUGUUCUUUAUAUAAACAUAAAAUUAAAUUAAUGUUGUAUCAUGAUUUAACAAGAUGGAAGAACCUUUUUUACCCAUUGAGCUACAUUUUAUAAAAAUAAACUAAUGAAUUUUGAUGCAAAAUGAAAUUUAAUUUUUAUAUAUUAAAUGAUUGCAUGAAUUACAUUUUAUAAAAAUAAACUAAUGAAUUUUGAUGCAAAAUGAAUUUUAAUUUUUAUAUAGUAAUUAUAUACAUAAAU